AAAAAUACAGUUAAAUAAACAAAUCUAAGAAAUAGACAACAAGAAGGACAUGUUACAGAGUGUCAAAUAAUCAUAAUUUCAUUCACAAAACAAAUGUGAAUGAACAGAAUAAUCCAAACAUUUUUUGUUCUGACACACUUUUUUGUCUAAUACAUGAAAACAAUCUGAAUUAUGUAUAUAUAGGCUAUGCACAUAAUAAUUCUGAUUGUUUUUUAUAUCUAUAGAUAGAUAGAUAGAUGAAUGUUUCUAGGUUUGGUUCUGAUGUAACUUAACAAGCAUGCAUUGUUGAUUUGCUAAACAAUGAUCUGCUGAACAAUGACAGGCCUUCACCCGUGAUCAGGUGGAAUGGAAACAGAAAGUGACGUUGUGAAGUUUUCAGAAACGAAACAUCAUUGUUUAUGGGCGGGACUUCAGUUGAGGCUUUAAAUGCACACCUCCAUCCAGAGACACCUUAUUUAAGACUGGAGUGAUUUACCUGACUUCAAAUAGAUUAUUCAGCAGAAGAUAUGAACAGCUCGGUAAUGGAACUGAAAAUCAAAGUGAUGGGAGGAGAUGAGAGGAGUCUGGAAGUGAGAAGUGAUGCCACGGUUGGAGACCUCAAGCAGCUCAUUUCUGAGCUCUUCAGAGAGCCUCCUUCCAAACUGAGGCUUUCUGACGAGAACCGUUCCCUUUUCAGCCUUGAUUCCAGGAAACUCAGCGAAUAUGAUUUGCAUUCAGGCUCAGUUGUGAUCCUGCUCAUCGACAGACCUUUCCAGGUGUUUGUUAAAAAUGAAAAAGGCACAAUAGGAACGUAUGAUGUUGCUGUCAAUGAGACCGUAGAUCAGCUCCAGACUAAGGUCUACAACAAAGAGAGAGUCCCAAAGGACCAGCAGAUACUGAAUUACCAAGGCAAACAGCUGGAGGCCGGCAAGAAGUUGCAAGACUACAACAUCAAGUCAGGAGACACCAUUUACCUGACUCUCCGGCUCCGAGGAGGUUAAUAGAGAUCAGCGCGACCAGGAUUAAGAAAUGAUCCAAUUCAUUCAUAAAUAUAUAAAUAUUCCAAAAUAGAAAUGUCAUGUAUUUAUGCCUGUUUAUCACUUAUUCUAUUUAAUAUCUAGUGUCAGAAUAUUAAUUUGAUUUCAUUUUGAUUUAAUGUAGUUAUGUAAUUUAUUAAACUGAUACAAUCUGGAAUAAGUGUAACUUUACUCAUAGAGUUUCAGUUUAAGAUUUCUACAUAUGUGCUGCUGGCCAACAUUUG